AUGGGGGAAGAGAAAAAGAAAAAAACCAAGUUCUGCAUCAACGACCACCAAGACCUCCUCAUCGAGAUACUGACGAGACUGGAUGAGCGCUCCCUGGGAGUGGCUGCCUGUGUCUGCCGCCUCUGGUGCUCCAUUUGCCGCAAUGAUUCGCUCUGGGAGAACCUCUGCUUCCGCCAAGUAUCCCCUCCUACGCCGGAUGUAAGACCGGUGGUGGCGGCCCUUGGUGGCUAUAGGCGUCUCUACAUGGUCUGCCUACGCCCGGUGCUGAGUCGGCUCUCCAGACUGAGUCUAGGAACGGGGGCCAACUACUCGGGAGGCAAUGGGAGGGUCUGGACUCGAGACGAGGUGCAACUCUCGCUGUCGCUCUUCUCGAUAGAUUAUUAUGAGAGGCUGGGUGCGAGGAAGGAUGGUGAUGCCCAUGCGUCGGCCUCGUCGCUUAUGUUUCUCUGCAAACCGGUGAAUGUGUGA